AAAACACUUUUGGAAUCCCACACGGACAUUGCCUUCGACUUUUUCGAGACAUGGUCCCUUCACAACAUAUUCGCCAUUCCUGCCGAUCUUUCUGUCGUCGUCCCUCACCAAGAGAACCUCGAUCUCGAUUGCCCUCCAGAACGUGAAACAGAACUCAUGACAGAGAUAAACGAGUUGCGAAGAAAACUAGGUGCUGUACGAGCAACGGGGCUGCUA